AAAGCUACGUAUUAAAGACUUCAUAGUUUGUUGAGCAACUAAAAUCAAAUAAGAUUCAGUCUUCCCCAAUCCGAACUCUCUUGUUCACUAUCUCGUUUCCUUCGUUUUCUGUCACUUUCGCGAGAAAAUUUUGUGUGGCGUCAUGAGGGCACAGAAUAGGACGAUCCACGCUGUGACGACAUGGGUCCGACGGCAGCCGCCGAAGGUGAAGGGGUUUCUGGCGGUGGUUUCCGGGAUGGCGGCACUGGUCCUGCUACGAUUCAUUGUGCACGAUCACGAUAAUCUCUUCGUAGCUGCUGAGGGCGUUCACUCCAUUGGAAUCUCCGUGUUGAUAUACAAGCUUAUGAAAGAGAAAACUUGUGCUGGACUGUCACUCAAAUCCCAGGAAUUAACAGCAAUCUUUUUAGCUGUUAGGCUGUAUUGUAGCUUCGUUAUGGAGUAUGAUAUACACACGAUCCUUGAUUUAGCUACACUGGCAACAACUCUGUGGGUCAUCUAUAUGAUCCGUUUCAAACUAAGAUCUAGUUACAUGGAGGACAAGGACAAUUUUGCAAUAUAUUAUGUGGUGGUACCCUGUGCGGUGUUAGCUCUGCUUAUACAUCCUUCCACCUCUCAUAAUUUUAUGAACAGAAUUUUCUGGGCUUUCUGUGUGUAUCUUGAAGCUGUUUCAGUACUACCCCAGUUGCGAGUUAUGCAGAACACAAAGAUUGUUGAACCAUUCACUGCCCAUUAUGUAUUUGCACUGGGUGUUGCAAGGUUUUUGAGCUGUGCCCACUGGGUUCUCCAGGUGCUGGAUACUCGUGGACAGUUGCUAGUUGCCCUUGGCUAUGGGUUAUGGCCUUCAAUGGUUCUUAUCUCAGAGAUUGUUCAAACUUUCAUAUUGGCUGAUUUCUGUUACUACUAUGUCAGAAGUGUUUUUGGAGGACAGCUUGUCCUUCGGCUUCCUUCAGGAGUAGUGUAACUGAAAAUUAUAGAGUUCACUUUUCUCACAAAAUGUGGGUGGUGGCUCACAUACAAGUUCCCUUUUUGUUCUCCACGGAUUUAAAUUCUCUUUCAGACAUGAUUGGAAAUUUGGAACACAAGUGGGUUUGUAAAGUCAGGGAUGCCUAAAAUUUGGGUGGAUAUUUAUAUUUAAACAUGAUUUUAUAGUCAGAUUAGCUUUGUGCAGAUACUAAUCUUUUGCCUAUAUUUAAUGUUAAGUGUAUUACUUGAC